AUGGCUUUGGGAGCAGUGGGACACCAAGAUUUGUAUACAGCUAGUUUAGAUGAAUUGUUGGACAAACGUAAUACAAGCUUAGACGCCGUCGUGGAAUUUGGAAUCGACGAUAAUUUGCUAGUGCGUCGUAUAACAGGCCGCCUAAUUCACCCGGCGAGUGGACGUUCUUAUCAUGAAGAGUUUCACCCACCAAAAACAACAAUGAAAGACGAUAUUACCGGUGAACCUUUAAUUCGCCGAUCCGACGAUAACGUCGAUGCUUUGAAAAAGCGUUUAAUUGCAUAUCACACACAAACCAAACCAUUAGUCAACUAUUACAACGCCCGUGGUAUCCACCACCGUAUUGAUGCUUCCAAAGCUGCCGCGGAUGUCUUUAAUUGCAUCGAUAAGAUAUUUUUGAACGCUUCUGCACAACGCGCCGAAAGCAACUUUUAA